GGCACCAUGCGGGCACCGCUGCUGCUGCCGCUGCUGCUGCUGCUCGGUGUCAGCUCUCAGGAUGUUACAAAGUCAAGUCUUGCAAGCCCAGGAGAAAAUGGGCAAAUCACCACGACUACAGACACCAGCAAGAUGCCAGGGACCACCCCUAAAAGCAAUCCAGGAAACCCAACAUCCACCUUUGCGAUGUCAUCGGCCACAGUUCAAGGGACCACCCCUACAAGAAAGCUGGGAAACCCACGGUCCACCCCUGUGAUAUAUACUCAAAGGACCACCCUUACAAGAAAACCGGGAACCCCACCACCCAGACCUGAGACAUCAACUGCCCCAGUUCAAAGGAGCACCCCCACAAACAACCCAGGAAACCCGUCACCUGCCCCCACGACAUCACCCCACCAGGUCAGCUCUUCAACCAGCUCCGCAGCCUCAACAGCCACCACUGCUGCAACCUCCGGCACGGCCCAGCAGACGACCAUCCCUCCAGCCAGCUUGCGAAGCUCGGCAGCUACCACUGCUGCAGCUCCUGUCCCCAGUCAUACGAGCAGCCCUCCAGCCACCCCAGGAAGUUCAGGGACUGCUGUCACAUCCCCUCCCAGCGUGGAAGCUCAGGGAAGCCAGCCUUCAGACCAGUUGACCAGCACCGCUGUGAGCACCAGAGUCCCAACGAGCAGCUUUACCCCUGGGCUCAAGAACUAUGGUGUCUCUACUCCCACAUCUGUUGCCAAGCAGCCUCACUCUUCUCCCAGUUCUCCAGUCCAGGGAUUGGCCUCUUCCACCAGACCUGGAAGCAUCAGCACUUCUGUCACCCCUUUUGAUAGAACCGUGACCCCAACCACUACUAAAGCGUCUCUGUGUUUACCACCUGGCAGCACCAACAAGGUCUCAGAGGCAGUCACCACGCCGACUCCUGAAGCAGACCAGGAAAGCCAUGACGCCGGAUCUGUGUCAACCAAACCUGCAAGUGCUGACCAGAGCCCUGCCAGUGCGCAGCCAUCAGCCCCAGCCCCGGGGGACCAGACGGCGAGUAGCAGUCCUGGCCAGCAGCACCUUAACACUUCUUUCCACAAUGAGGUCAUCUGUAAAGUCCAGGUGCAAAAUAAUUGGCCCACCAUGUAUCUGAAAGAAGCUAAAACCUGUGCCGAGUGGAAGAACGCCAGCAUCAACAUCUCCUUCUUCGAGAGCUUCUGCUCGACGGGCCAGCACGCUUUCAAUGCCAGCAGGGAAACAUGCACAGUGAUGCUGACCUCCCGUGAGCCCCGCUCCCAGCACUGGGCUGUGCAAGCGAUCGUGCACCUCCCUUUGGACCCUGAAAAAGUCCUCGAGGAGCUGAAGGAGAAGAAGGACAAGUUAGAGGAGCUUGGCAUUGCCAACAUCACCUACGACAAAAUGGAGAGGGAGAUUAUAAUCAACGAUGAGUUCAGCACGCCCCUGAUCAUCACCAUUGUCACCCUGGCCGGCUCCCUGCUGCUGAUCGCGGCCAUCUAUGGCUGCUGCCACCAGCGCUUCUCCCAAAAGAAGGAUCAGCACAUCCACCCUGAUCUCCCCGGGUUUGAUGAUGGACAUGUGGCCCUGAUCUUUAAUCAGCGCCUGACCGAGGAGCUGCAGACGAUGGAGAACGGCUACCACGAUAACCCCACGCUGGAGGUGAUGGAGACCUCCUCUGAAAUGCAGGAGAAGAAGGUGAACCUCAAUGGCGAGCUGGGGGACAGCUGGAUUGUUCCUCUUGACACCCUUAUGAAGGAGGACCUGGAGGAAGAGGAGGACACGCAUUUAUAGGAUACAGAACUCGAUCAAACAAAAAACGACCACCCCCCCAAAAAAACCCCACCCAUAAUCCCUACACGCACACACAACUCCAAAACAAGGCAAAAUUCCCAACAAAGCCCAGAAAAUCCCUUAAUCAACUAAUCACGGCCCCUUGUGCCACCACAUAGGGUGCAAGAUGGAAGAAGAAGGGACACGAGAGGACACCUCCGCACGCAUUGUUAACAAGCCACCAUGGUAGUCGCAUCCAGACACUCCAUCACCCAUGGGUGCUCAGCAGGACCUACCAUGCCAGACCUGACCAGGCAUGGGCGAAUGGGGUGGCUUUGCUCCCGAAGAAGUGCUGGUGUCUCCUCCAAGCAUGUCCCCUCCUGUCCUGCGUCCAACCGCAGCCUCCAGCUAUCAAGCAACUCAAAAAAUGAAAAGAGAGAGAUGUAAAUAGGAUGGGAGAGGGAGCACAACUCCCAACAGCAAACCCGCACCUGGCAAUUAGAGCUAGAAAAAUCCUCUGGCCCACAUGGUUUAGUCAUCGCUCUGCCCUCCCUGACAGGAAAUGCCCAGGUAUCGAGCUGAAAAAGCUGGAACAGCCUGUUCCUUUUUAAUCCAGUUUCCAUCCUCUCCCCAUAAACCGACGGCUAAAACGCACAAGAGCCCCACACUGUGCCAUAGGCAAACAAAUGCAUCCAGACCUGGGUGGACAGGGGGAAUGCAGCAGUGCCAAGUGAUGCUCAGUCCCGUGCCAUCGCCAGCUGCGCCGCAAAGGGCUGCGGGACGGAUCCUGCACCCAGUUGGAGAUCAGGAGAGGUGCUGCAGCUUCUUGUAUUGAUGCAAUGGGGAAGAAGAGGAAAAGGAGUCAUUCCUUGAGUUCAUCCCUCCUAGGAAGGGUUUAAUGAGACCAAGAGCGAUGCCUGGUCGCUAGCCCAGGCAGAAGGUUGGGGGUUUUGUGGUGCAGCAGACCAGCUCCAGCACAGGCCAGCUCUGCCGCUGCAUUUCCCUACAGAAGUGCUGAUUGCUUUGUAGUAAUUAUGCAGCAGCAUCUCACGGCCCACAUCCAUCCUCCCCCGAGACCGUGGGUUGCGUGUACUGUGAUGGUUUGUGAUUUUUGUGGUCAUGUUUCCUGCGUGAGAGAUAAAAGCAACAGAAGCACGAGCCAGGUAGCUUGGUGGUAUUCAGGGUUUUCCAUCGGUACAGCCCUUGGUGUUUCCUCCCCACCAGGUUUAUAAGCUCAGUUCACACUGUCAAGCUCUUCUUCAAAAGCUAGUAGAACAACAGAGACCUGCAAAGAAACUUACAGCUCAGCAGCGAAGCUGGGACUGAGCUUUGUCCUGCAGCCCUUGGUCUCUUGUCCAGGUCUCCCUUUGCUGUAAGUCUUUAGAGGGGAAAAGAAAAAUACGCAGGAGCAGAAAGUGGCUGGACUGAGGCCAUUUCUGAUUUUCCAGUCCCCAUCACAGCUCCUAAAUGGCUCUAAAAGGAUGGGGAGAGUUUCACAUCUUUGCUCUGGCUUCGGUGAAGCAGCUCAGCCCCGUCAGAGGCAGAGAUCAGAGUGGGGCUCCAUCCUCCAGCACAUGGGAAAGAGAGGAGAGGACCAGAAGGCCACUUGGGUGAGUGCAUCUCCCAACACAUGAGGAUGGUGGUGGUCCCAAGCCCUCUGCAAGCCAGAGAAGCUGCAGAUGAAGAAUGAUGCCCGAGCAUGGCCCUUCCUCUCCCCUGCUUGCCAUAAAGCAUGCAUUCACCAACGCGUGACGGGGUGAGCUCCUUUGGGCUCUGCCACCAAGUCAACAUGAUGGGGAUCCGCUCCCAUGGCUGCCCUGAACAAGGGGAAAAGCGGAGCCGAGCAAUGGAAAGCUUGGAGAAACCCAGGUUGAGCCGGUCCUCGGGAGUACUCACGAAGGAGAGGGUCAGGGCUGUUUGCUUGGCCCCAGGACAGAGGCUGGCAGAAGAUACGCUCUUCUCAAAGGGACUGGCUCUUCUCCCUUCUCUCCUGCACCGAAGGGCAGUUUGAAGUGUUCAAACCUAUAUAUUUUUGUAUGUAAAUAUUCCUGUUAAUCAUUAGCAAUGUAUUCAGCACACUUCACUUACCUGUGCACUGCACUACGGGGAAGUAAUUUUGCAGGGGUGGGGGGAAUUAAGAAAUUAAAAAAAAAAAAGAAAGAAAAAGCUAAAGGCCAGUCCGGUAGGGCAUCAAAAUUCGACACAAAGUAGGAAAACGCCUCCCACCCAGAUAACCCCAUGCCACGGCUUUGUCCCUGCUCCAGCAGCAUUGAGUUCAGCUCUUUAAUAUUGCAGCAAGGCUCAAAGAACCCAUCUCGGCGUUCGCAAUUGCUUUCGUGAGCACGUUUGCUUCCCAGCUGCCCCAAGAGACGAGCGGCGGGUCGGUGACCUCGCGUUUCUGUCCUUCGCAGAAAAUAAACACAGUGACAACACGGGGUAGCAGCGAGGCUUUGGCCGCAGGGGCUGGUGUUGCCCUAAGGACGCCCCUGGCAGAGCAUCUCCAGGCAGUCGGGUUUUGGCAUGUGCCUAAGAUCCCCCUUCCCAGUGAAGAGAUGCCAAAGUGCUUUAAUGAAUCAGGUCCAAAGACUUUGCAAGAGAACCGUACAAAGGCUUGAGAUCAAGCAACCUUAAAUCUUUCCGAGCAGAGACCAGUGAAGAUAUUAACUGCUCAGCAAGUGCUUAUAGUGAUUUAUAUUUGAAUAGGAAUUGUACAUUUAUUUAUUUUUCCAGACACCAUAUUUUUAAACCACUAAUAUUUUAUAGUAGAUUUUCCUUCCCCUAUUUAAAGAAGUAUUUCCACAGAAAGAACAGUAUAUGUUUUUUAUGUUGAGAACAUUCUUUUUGCAAAAAAAAAAAAAUCAGGUAGGAAAUGCAGCAAUGAGCAUCUUUGGCCUUAAUCCUUCCCUUUGUAGACUGUAGCCAUAAUUGUUAGACCAAAAAUAAAUUUAAAAAAAAAACUACCCAGGCAUUUCCUCCCUCCCUGCCCCUCCUCCCUUCCCCACGCUCCUCUUCUCUCCCCCAAAACAGCUUUAACAUCCGACACGUUGUACAAAGACAUUACUGCUCUUACCUUUCGGUGAGAGUUCUACAAGCAGCUCAGAUGUCCUUGCAAAAGGACUUUUCUAUUUUCAGAUCCACAAGGAACGUGUAAAUAUUUUAGGACCGUUUAUCUCCCGCUCACAGUGCCAUGACCCCACUGAUGAGGUUGAUAACUGUGACUGUUGCCUACAGAAGACAUACAGGAGAAGACACAAUCCAUAAGGGACUACAGAAGGAGAACCUAUUUCCCAAGGCGGCUACCCGUUCAACCUUGCACAUAUACUAGAGCUCUUACGUACUGUAUAGCAGCAUCUCACGGGGACAGGAGUCUGAUUUACACUGGAAUUUACUGAGGAACUGGAUUGUAGAGAUUAUUCUUGCAUUUUCCUACAAAUAUAUUUUGAAAGCAUCAUGUAUUUCUGUCAAUAAACAUUCUUAC